UCCCCUCGCAUCGCAGAGUGGAGUCCCCGAGACCUCUCCGGGACGACAUUCAGACAGCAGGCUCCAGGCCACCACGAUGCCCGCACCUGCCUCCCCACCCCGCCUGCCUCGGCCAUCGCUGCUGCUGCCUCUGCUGCUGGGCCUCACAGGUGUGGCAGGUGAGGCGGAGCUGAAGGUGAUCCAGCCUGAGAAGUCAAUGUCUGUCGCAGCUGGACAGACAGUCACUCUGCACUGCAGUGUGACCUCCCUGCUCCCCCUUGGGCCGGUUGAGUGGUUCAGGGGAACAGGGCCAGCCCGGGAGUUAAUCUUCAGUUUCAGAGGAGGCCGCUACCCCCGAGUGACAAAUGUUGCAGAUACCACAAGGAGAAACAACACGGACUUUUCCAUCCGCAUCAGUAACAUCACCCCAGCAGACGCCGGUACCUACUACUGUGUGAAGUUCCAGAAAGGGAACCCUGACGUGGAGUUUAAGUCUGGACCAGGCACCAGGAUGUUUGUACGUGCUAAGCCCUCUCUUCCAGAGGUUUCUGGCCCCUCCAACAGGGCCAGCCCAGGCCAGAGAGUGAAUCUCACCUGCACAUCAACUGGCUUCUUUCCCAAAAACAUACAGCUGAAAUGGCUUGAAAAUGAUGUGGAGCUUCCGGCAUUUCAGACUCUGGUCUUCCUGCCUAGAGAUGCUGGAUCCUACACCAUCGUCAGCACGGUGCUGGUGACCCUUGACUUAUCCUCACUCCACUCCCAGCUCACCUGCCAAGUGGCUCACAGUACAUUGCAGAGCCCCCUCAGUAGGCACGUGAACAUCUCCAAAUUCCUCCAGGUUAUACCCACAGUGACUAUUUCGGCCCACCGGGUCCCUAGCCUCCAGUUGGCCAUCCUCACCUGCCACGUGCAAAGGUUCUACCCUGAAGUCAUACAAAUCACCUGGCUGGAGGUGAACAGACGCUUUAAGGCCUGUGAGGCUCCCACCCCCACCAAGAACCCGGACGGCAUAUUCAACCAAGACAGUCACAUCCUGGUUUACACCUCAGAGGACAAAGAGCUGUUCACCUGCGAAGUGCGGCAAGAGGCCCAGCCACCGAUCCAGGCCCACGUGCGGCUGAGUGAGUCCAGAGACCAGCCAGCGUGUUUGGAUGCCAGGGCGUCCAGCUCCCUCUCUGGGACUCUCAUCCUGCUUGGCUGGAAGCUGUUUUCCUUGACUACACUUUGCAUCAUCUAUGUCCUCAAGAGGAGAUUCUCUUCCAAGAGGAGUGAUCCAGGAGAGGCACUGGCCAUGAAGUCUGCAACCACUACCAAAGCUUCUCCUGCCUCACCAGCCUUCUGAGACCUGUCCUGCGCUGGCUGUCCCUUGCUGUCUCCUGCAGGCCCCAGAGAAAGUGAGAGCCUGGACCGGGAGGGUCAGGAGUGAGAGGGAGGCUCUCACAUCCUAUGAAGGAAAGAAGCUUCUCCGGGGAUUCUGGGCAUGAAGUUCAUGACCCUGAGCAAGAAACCCAGCAGAGGCAAAACAAGCUCCUACCCCGGGAGAAACACAAACCUGCAAUUCUGAAGGCCCCUCCCCGACUCCUCGAGGAAAGCCCAUGGUGGGCACCCAAACUGGCAUGAAAUCUUUACAGCUCCAUCAUUAAAAUGGGAUUAAAAGAAACAUUUAUGGCCAAUAAACAUAUGAAGAGAUGUCCAAUCUCAUUAGUAAUCAGGAAAAGCCAAAGCAAAACCAUUUUCUCCCUAUUCCAGGAGAAAAAAAUAAAGAAGCAACUGGCUCCUUCUUAUGUUGCUGAUAUGUAUGUAAAUCGGCACAACUACUUUGGAGAACAGUUUGGAAAAUUUGAACUUGGACAUUUGCAUUCUCAAUAACCUGCUAUUUCCGCCUUUGAGUUACAUACAUACCCUAAAGAAACUCUUCACCUGUGCUCCAGAAGAUGAAUAUUCAAGUAUAUACAUGGUAGCAUGAUUUCAAAUUAGAAAAACCUGAGAGAACCAUCCAAAUGCACAUCCACAGGAUGACGGGCAAAUAAUGUAGUACAAUCCCAGAAUGGAGUGUUAUACAGCAAUAAAAAUGAAUGAACUAUAGCUACACACAAUAAUAUGGAUAAAUCUUAGCAAAAAAAUAUUAGAGUGAGUACGCCCCAAAAGAUUUCAUACAGCAUGAUACUAUGUUUAUAAAGCUAAAAACAUCUAACAAAUGGUUUUUAGGGAUACAUAUAAAAAUGAUAAACCCAUAUUUUUUCCAAAAGGAUGAACUCAAGAUUUUAAAUAGUAGUUACCUGAGGUGGGGGCAG